AGUAGUGGUGUGCAGCAUUGGAGCACGGCGUACUGCAUGUGCAGGCGUUACCCUGCAUUUUGUUCCAGACUUGACCAGCACAGCCCCUCCGUCUAUGGCUUCCUUCACGUUGGAGUAACGCUGCUGGUGUCCCUCGCUGACUCGUUUGCGUCUGAGAUUCGGGAGCUGCAGAAAGAGACGGUUCAGACCUCUCCAACAACUAACGAAGAGCCCACAAAUCUACGAGGGUAAGGCGGCGCUUCCUCUUAUCUCCAACCUGACUUAGUGUUGUUUUUAUGGCGUCUGAAAGCUUUUUUGAUGAGCCACAAGAUCUGCGCUCUGUUGAUUGUGAUUUAGUUUGCUGGUGUAUGCGAAUGCCUCCAACCACUGGCACCAGUUUCUCACCAGCAGAUGGCCAAAGAGUUCCACUCUCUCUCGAGCGGCGUCUACCUGCAGUCCCCCCCCCCGCCCGCUGUGGGGGGAGCGGGAUUCUGCAUAUGACUCGUUGGGAAGGAGGAUGGGCGUGUUGGACAGGCUGAGUCAAACCCAUCGGGUGUAGCUGCCGCUGGCCGUCAGUGAAGAGGAGGCCGGCCGUAUUCUGCUCAAUCAGCCGCCUCAAUCCGCCUCCUGGGGUGAGGGAAACCAUCUGGAUACAACUGCCAAUGCGUCUGGACGGUUGUAGACCCCUUGUCUCUUUGAUAACCCUCAGGGUUUUCUGGUCAGGAAGUCGGCCGCUCUGCAGAGGAAGGUUCUGUCUGUGCGUCGGAAAUAGGAUCCGACAGGAUGUCCAGUCGGCCACUUCCCUGUCAGAGAGAGCAAGUGCGGCUCCUGGAGCUCUGCCCUGUGCAGUCAGCGGCGCACUUCCUUCUGUCCCCGUCGUACCCUCAGCCCCCAGCGAACUAACGGCGAGAGGGAGGUCGAAGGGUCACAGCCGGGACACACCGGGGCUCCUCUGGGACACGGCACCCCUGACCCUGCGCUCCGAUGCUACCCCGCCUUCUUUUCCUCUUGAGAGAAGACGUUCCAGUGGUCCUCUGUGCUUCGUCGACCCCCGGUUUACCCAGACUCGUCGCCACCACCGCCGCGAGGACAACCGCCGUGAGGACAACAGCCGUGAGGACAACCGCCGUGAGGACAUCCGCCGUGAGGACAACCCCCCUUGGUGCGUCAGGGAGCCCUGUAACGACCUGGACGAUGAGACGUCAUCCGUGAAGCCGCUCCGAAGCAGCGAGCGGCACGUGGACAAAACCCAACCAAACAGCAAAUCACCGCCAUCUCGCCCACGCCCCCCUGCUCCUCCCCCUCCACCAGCUCGCCAGAUGCCGCGCCGGCGCCCUGCUCCACCCCCACCUGGACCGCCGGCAGCGACCACUAGAACUGAGAGCAUGCCAAAAGCCUCUACUGCAUCUACAAGAGCGCAGCCGUCCCUCAGCAGGCGCCCGGCUCCACCUCGACCCACGAUGGGUUCCCAGCAUAGUGGCCUGUCCAAAACCGCCAUCUCACCAGCCCUUGUGCCCUCAAACCCGCCCUCCCCGAAGCCUAGGAAACCUGAUCUGGAAGCUCACCGCUGCCACAUUGCCCUGGACGAUGAGACCAUAGCCAAAGCUCUGUCCCGGGCCAAGCUUCCGCCCUGCCAGCCUCCACCUGCCCUCCCCGUCGGCAUGCUGCUGGAGAAGAAUGCUGGGAGUCUCUCCACUCCUAAGGAGAGGCUCAGUGACCUUAGCAUGUCCGCUUCCUCCUCUGGCUCAAUGGAAUAUGUGCACUACCCUGGAUUCUCCCCGGGUCCUAUUUCGUCGCGACGCCUCACUCGUCAAGUGGAGGACAGCAGUGAAGACGAGGACGGAGAAGAAGACUUCGAGGAGAAAGACUAUGGGGUCAGUCUGGAGGCCGACCUGGAAACGCGCUGCCGUCCGUCCUUCAAAGCGCGGAGGCGAAAGGUUGGCGUCAGUCUAAGUGCUGACCCCUUUGUCCUCCCCAGCACACUCAAAGCACACCUCCUGAAGGUGGGCGGCAUGCUGGGCUCCCUCAGGAGCCCUGAGAAGCAGGCGGUGAAACGGAUCGCUGAGCUGUCCACGGACAAAGGCUCAUACUUUGGCUCCCUGGUCCAGGACUACAUCAGCGUUGUCAAGGAGAACCGAGGCUGUUGCACCUCGCAGCUGGAUUUUUUGCAGACUGUCAGGCAGUUCAUGACCCAGAUGAAGGCUUACCUGCGCCAGAGCUCCGAACUGGACCCCCUUCUAGAGUCACUCAUACCUGAAGACCAGAUCGACCAGGUGCUAGAGAAGGCCAUGCACAAGAGUGUCCUAAAGCCUCUGAAGAACGUGAUCGUGAAGGCUUUACAGGACUUCCAGGUGAGCAGCGGAGCUGCACAGCAGCUGAGGGAGAACCUGGCCGUGGUUAAGACCAAGGGGCCCCAGGAGAUGGGGGCGGACGGGGCCGUGCCUCCUGACCCCGAGGCCAUCAGCAAGAUCCGCCACAAGUUCCUAAACAUGAGGAAGAUGUACUCCCCCGAGAAAAAGGUGUCACUGAUGCUGCGUGUGUGUAAACUCAUCUACACCAUCAUGCAGGAUAACUCAGGGAGGAUGUUUGGCGCCGAUGACUUCCUGCCCAUGCUGACUUAUGUGUUGGCUCAGUGCGACAUGCCUCAGCUGGACGUAGAGAUCCAGUACACGAUGGAGCUGCUGGAGCCGUCCUUGCUGCAAGGAGAAGGGGGCUACUACCUGACCAGCGCGUAUGGAGCCAUGGCCCUCAUCAAGAACUUCCAGGAGGCUCAGUCGUCAGAGGUCCUGAGGUCUCAGGUCAAGAGCACGCUGCACCAGUGGCACAAACGGCGCACCGCCAGCCGCGCAGCGCAGUCCGUCGACAACUUCCAGGACUUUCUCCGUGUAGCCCUGCAGGAAGUGGACUCUGGCUGCACGGCCAAAACCCUCAUCGUCCACCCGCACACCACCACCGAGGAGGUGUGCGCUCUGUGCGCUUACAAGUUCAACAUCUCGGACCCGGACUCCUUCGCACUGUUUCUGGUCACCACGGACACCAGCCAGCAGCUGGCCCCGGACACCCACCCGCAGCGGAUCAAAGCCGAGCUCCACGGCCGGCCUCGGACUCACAACUUCCACUUUGUCUACAGGAACCUCAGCCUCUGUGUCCCCACCGUCCUGCACAACGGCAACUGUCUUCCAGUUGAAUAGAGUCCUUAUCGGUCUUCGUGCUUUUUGGGGGGGGGGGGGGGGGGGGGUCAAGACUGGCUGUUUGGGUGAGAAGUGAAGUAGGUUAGGUGCUAUUAGGUGUGUGCUGGUUUGCAGGAUGUACGCAAGCUUAAAGCAGAGGUCAUACGGUUUAAUAUUGCAUUUAAUGUUACCUUACUGCUGCUGCCCUCGUUGCCCUGAAAAGGAAUUGAAUCGACUGAAAGCUUGGAGCUAAGAUCCAGCGAUUAAUAAACUUUCAUUAAGAAACAACAAAAACAUCAUGCUAAAAUGUUAAAUUAACUAUUUUAAAUUGUAUUCUAUUUUUAUUGCUCUUAUUAGAUUUUUAUGCAAUUGCUGGUCAAUUGUAGCUUGCAUUUAGACAUUUUAUACUAUUAUAUAAUUAUAAUUUCCCAGCACUAAUAAUAUUUCUUUAAAGGAAUCAUGUUGACUUAAAUUAAUAUAUCAAAAUUUCAUUUACAAUUGUUUCCAUUCGUGAGUUUGAAGCUGACUGGAAAUAAAUACAAUCCUCUCAAACAUCUCA